CGCAGGAGGGCACGGCGCCGCACAGCCCGGCGCUGCCCCGCACGGCCCGGCGCUGCCCCGCCGCCAUGGCCCCCCGGCCCGGGCUGCUGCUGGCCGCGCUCUGCCUCCUCGCUUCUCACGGAGGACCAACGGCUUUCCUGAUCACCACCCCCUACUCGCUCUGCAUCUGCCCUGAGGGCCAGAACGUCACCCUGACCUGCCGGGUCAGCGGGCCCCUCGCCGACCGCCAUGACCUGCUCUACAAAACCUGGUACUUCAGCAGCAACGGUGACCAGAGCUGCUCUGAGAAGAAACACGUCCGCAACGUCACCGAGAAGGAGCUGCACCACGACCUGGGCAGGCACCAUGAGCUGCCGGGCAAUGGCACCCAAAAAUCUGCCCUCGGGGGGCAAGCCGGUCAUCAUGGCGUGGAGUUUGUCCCCGACCACCACGGUGCCUUUCACAUCGUAGUGAUGAACCUGACACUGCAGGACAGCGGGAAUUACUGCUGCUACGCCGUGGAGGCCCGGAGGGAGCACAGCAAGCCCCGCACCCUGCAAGUCGCUCACGGCUUUGUGGAGCUGCAGAUCCAGCAAGGCCAAGGGGGGCUUCAAAACUGCACGUUCCAUACUGCUGCCAGCAAAGAUAUCACAGCCGCUGCACUGGCAACAGGCGCCUGCAUUGUGGGCAUUCUCUGCUUGCCCCUCAUCUUGCUCCUGAUUUACAAGCAGAGACAAGCUGUCAGCAACAGACGUGCCCACGAGCUUGUCAGGAUGGAGAGCAGCGCCCAGGGCAUUGAAAACCCCGUCUUCGAGGCGGUCCCGUCGGCGAGUGCAGAGCAGCGACCGCGGCCCCAGCUCUCCUACAUGGCCAGCCGGCAGCCCUCGGAGUCUGGCCGGUGCCUGCUCUCCGAGCCCAGCACCCCCCUGUCCCCCCCCGGCCCUGGGGACUGCUUCUUCCCAACGCUGGAUCCUGUUCCCGACUCGCCAAGUUCCUUGACAGCCUAAAGACCCCGGAGGAAAGCACAUCCCCCAUCCACCCAGCUCAGAGCCCUGCAAGGGUGACGCGGCCAUGGGCAGCAAAGUCUUAACAAAUGGAGCUGAGUGCAGGAGCCCUGCCCUUGUGUCCUGUCCUGACUCUGUCCCGGGGCUGGAAGUGAACCUCUCUUGCAUGGAUUUUGGGUUUUAACUGCCUGUUUCUCUGGAGAAGAGCAAAGCUCUGUACUGCUCAUGUUGUAUGGACCAGCUGAAAACUGGGGAUGCAGGGAAGGAAGGAUGAUCUGCACCUGCACACCUCCCCAAGGAUUUAUUUAACUUAUUGCCAGGGGCUUCAGCUCUGCAACAUCAACCUGUUUCUGCAUCUUUGACUGAACAUCCUCUCCGGGAGCGGAUGGUAAAGUACUUUAUCCACCGCGAGACAAAACAGGGUCACCAGCCAACCCUGCACUGCCUUUUUCUUUGCAAAACAGGAAGGGGAGAGGGUCCCAGUCACUGGCGGAGCCCUCCUUCCCCACCAGCCUUCUGAGAUGGCCACGGACUUGAGAGGCUGCUGCCUUCUCAGCUGGACAAACAUCGGGAGGAGCCUUAUUUCUGCUGCAGUUUUGUCCUUGGCUUGAGGACAGGGGAAUUUUUCUUUCUGUUUUUUUUCAAUAUCAGUGCUGAUUAAAAGGAAAAAAAGGAUGUUUAUGA